AUGCCUCUCGCCGUUCCAGCAUAUAAUCUAAUUAUGGAUGAUCUUGAGGAUUUGCAAGGAAAAGGUAUGUCGUCAGUAAUUGAGGAAGCUAUUAGAGUAUCACUUAAUAAAUUAAGAUCUUAUUAUACCAGAAGUGAUAGUCCUAU